AUGGCUAUUUCGAAGCUUCUUAUUGCUUCACUUCUCGUUUCUCUUCUUGUGCUCCAUCCGGUUGAAGUUGAUCGAAGUGCGUUUGAAGCAGUAAAGCAGAAAGGUCCAAAACUCCGUAGGCCCGUACACUGUAUGUACUUUUGCCUUAUACAAACAACAAAGGCUGAUGCUGAUAUGAGACCAUAG